AGUCAGGUGCUUCCCGGACUGAGCCAGUCGGGCGCCCUGCGCGCGCUUUCCAGGGAGCCUUGAGGAGAAGCCUAUGCGGGCAUUUUGGGAAACGGGAGUCUGCGCAGUUGAGCAGCCGCGCAGCCUGGCAACAGGUGCGGUGGAGCUCAGAGGGUCCCGGAGAGGAGAGCAGAAUGGGGGUUUGACCUCCCUAGGCAGGAGGCGCACAAGGCCUGGGGCAGACUUGGGAAAGGCGCCGGGACGACGAAGAUGAGCUGUUUCUCUGUCUGCGGAAGAUGAGAGUUCGUGAUGGCCCACAGUCAGUAUCAAAAGUCCAAAAGAAUUUCCAUCUUCCUGAGCAUGCCAGACGAGAUCGAGACAGAGGAGAUCAUCAAGGACAUCUUCCGGCGAGGCAAAACCUGCUUCAUCCCGCGGUACCAGUUCCAGAGCAAUCACAUGGACAUGGUAAGGUUGGCCUCGCCCGAGGAAAUCUCCACGCUUCCCAAAACGUCCUGGAACAUUCAUCAGCCCAGAGAAGACGAGGUUCGGGAGGAAGCCUUGUCGACAGGGGGCCUCGAUCUCAUCUUCGUGCCGGGUCUCGGCUUCGACGAGCACGGGAACCGCCUGGGGAGAGGCAGGGGCUACUAUGACGCGUACCUGAAGCGCUGUCUGCGGGAGCAGGACGUGGGGCCCUACACCAUGGCCUUGGCCUUCCGGGAGCAGAUCUGCCUGCAGGUCCCCGUGGACGAGAAUGACAUGAAGGUGGACGAAGUCCUGUACGAGAGCCGUCCCCCUAAACCCUGACGCCCGCGGCCCGGGCUGUGUCCCAGACCACCUGCUUUCCGGUGUCAUUGCACAACAGCUGAUGCUAAACCGCCCUCCCAAACCGGGCGGGACGCGAAUAAAAACGCAGGCCAUGACGGUGGGA